AUGGCUGUCAUUUUGUCAAAAAUUACAGAUGUAAACCAUAAUUGCAAGAUUUUUCGCUUUGAUCUUCCAUCAAAGAAUCAUAUUUCAGGUAUUCAUGUGGCAUCAGCUCUUUUAGUACAGUUUCAAUUGCCUUCUCAGCCGCCUGUUAUUAGAGCUUAUACUCCAAUAUCAUCAGAAGAAACAUUGGGGUAUAUGGAUCUUCUUAUUAAAAAGUAUGAGAAUGGGCCUAUGAGUUCAUAUAUUCAUAAUAUGAAAAUUAAUGAUAAAUUGUCAUUUAAAGGACCAAUUCCUAAGUAUUAUUGGACACCAAAUAAACAUGAUCGAAUUUAUAUGAUUGCGGGUGGGACUGGUAUAACGCCAAUGUAUCAACUUAUUCGAAAGAUUUUUAAGGAAAAGGAAGACAAGACAGAUGUUACUCUUAUUUUUGCAAAUGAAAAUAUUUUAUUACAUGAAGAGCUUGAACAACUAAAAAAGACAUAUCCUUCUAGGUUUCAUGUAACUUAUCUUUUAGAUGAACCACCUGAAAAUUGGGAUGGUGUUUCAGGAAGAGUAAAUAAAAGUCUUCUUGAAUCUAUUCUUCCUGGUCCUUCAUCACAGAAUAUCAAAAUUUUUGUUUGUGGACCACUUGGAUUUUAUCAGGCCAUCAGUGGUGUAAAACGCUCUGCAACAGAUCAAGGAGAUUUAGAAGGUAUACUUAAAGAGCUUGGAUACGAUAAAGAACAGGUUAAACUUAUUAAAUACAUAAGAUAUAUGUAA